GCGUGCAUUGAGCUCCUUGUUCUUUUAAACUGAUCGUUACCCGUUAGAAUUUUAUUGCACACCGUUGCGUGCUGGUAUAUUGUCAACCUUAGACAGACGCUGGAUGUUCAAAUCAUACAAUAUUGUUUACAUAGAAACUGGAGAUACUCUACCAGCGUCUUUUUCGGAUUAACGUCGUUUCGAAUUUCCGACGCCUAAAGUUUACGGGGAUUUUUUUAAGAAACGUUAUGAAUGAUUAUCAAAUAUAUACUUUACUUUGAUCCAAUGAAAAGCAAUGGUGAUUAAAUUUGAAGGAUAAAAUGAUAAUUCACGUUAACGUUAGAAAAAUGAAAGAGACGUUAAUACUAUUGACAAUAACUGGAUUUCUGUUUCACUUAACAACUGCCCAGGUUCUAACCACAAAAUGUCCGGGCAACGACUGGACAAAGUACAAAGAGAGGUGCUAUCUGUACGUCGGCUUCCGUCACAGCUGGUCUAGAGCCUACAAUUAUUGUCAAAAAUAUGGUGCUAAGCUUGUUGAACCAACUGGUUAUGUAAUCAACGACGAUAUUGCCACUAAUGUGUCAAACUUUUUGCCAAAUUCUGACUCUAUAUGGACAGGUUACUAUCGGCCAGACAAUAACCAACCAAGCUUUGUGGGUCAGUGGAGCGAUGGGAGGCCGACAUCGGUGCAUGUAGCUCCAUGGGGAGAUAGUGAGCCGGAUACAGCGGCAGGGCAGUGUGCGUUCAUGUCUACACAGGAUAGCAGAUGGUAUAUGGGAGACUGCGGAAGAGUGAGAAACUUUGUCUGCGAAAUGGAUCCAUGUCCAGCGGGAAACAGAAACACAUUCAUGUGUAACGGCAAGUGUUUAGGUAGAGCAGUGCUGUGUAAUGGUGUUGAUGACUGCGGGAACAACCAAGACGAGCAAAACUGCAACACCGUUUCAGGUGGAGAUUGUACGGUUGAAGUUGAGGGAACCAGUGGGCAGAUAGCUUUUCCACCAAGCAGCGGCUUGUAUAAUCCUAAUGUCACAUGUUCGUGGACGAUGAAAACUUCACCAGGGAAUAGAAUAGUGCUACAAUUUACUGAAUUCGAGACCGAAGAAAACAAUGACUUUGCAGAAAUUUUUGAUGGUUGUAUUACACCGUCAACUAGCGAGCUGUCUGUCCGUCUGUCUGGGUCUAAGUCAGGCUACACGUUUAUUAGUAGUUACAACUUCGUCACCGUGAGAUUUGUGUCUGAUGCCAGCAUAGAGUACUCGGGUUUCCAAGCAACAUGGGACACAGAUCUGGUGUGUAGUUUUUCCCAGAUUGACGACUAUACGUAUUCCAACGUUGAUAUAAGUGAUCAUAGCCUAGAACUUUCCUCCCGACAAACCAUUGACGAAUGUAAACAAGAAUGCGAGGACGUAACUCCCUGUGUCGGUUUCAGGUAUGAUACUGCUGGGAGAAAAUGUCACUUUCUAAAGAAACUACCAGUAUUACAGAUGUUGGCGGGAUCACAACUCUGGAUCCAAAAUUGUUAUGGUGAUACAACGAUUCAAGGAGCAGUACCUUUAUUACCCACUCAGCUUUUCGCCUCGCCAUCAGGGGAACAGUUGGCCACGCCCCUUUAUCCAUAUCCUUAUGUUGGUAAUUUUGAGGAGUGGUAUACAAUCACAGCGUCAGCAAACAGUCUCAUUACACUUGAGGUUCUUACAUUAGAGUUAUGUUGUGAUGAUAAAAUCUAUAUUUACGAUGAAGACCAUGACCUUUUGGACAGCCUUACAUCUGUGUCAACACCAAGAACACUCAUUUCUACCAGUAAUACAGUCCACAUCAAAAUGGAGCUCAUGAAUCAUUGGAAAUGUCGUGGUGCACUUAUCGAGUACAUACAAGGUUGUGCUGUUAGUAUGGUCGGUAGUGGUGUUGUAAGUUCGCCUGGGUAUGGCACCGUUAAAAGUUAUCCGGAUCUCAUGGAAUGCUCAUGGACCUUAUAUGCUCCUUCAGCUGAACGCAGUGUUACAGUAAUAUUUGAUUACUUUGACCUGGAACAGAUGGACACAGUAACGGUCACACAAUCUAAUGGCACUGUGUCUAGUCACACGGGAUCAUCCCUACAUAAACAGUCGUUCACAUCAGAGAGUUACAUCACUCUGGCAAUGUCCACCAGCUCCCUAGAUAACAGUCCUGGAUUUCUGGCAUCAUUUUCUCCUGGAUGUCCGGUACUAAAUGCGGAAGGUUACGUUUUAUCGUCUGAAUCAUUUGACUUUGGAGACCAAGUGACAGUGUCAUGCGCAGAAGGCUAUUAUUUUGGAGCAGGGUAUGGCCAAGAAAUAUCGUUGUCCUGCGAAUCAGGAGGUUAUUGGGACAGGCAAGCUAUUCCAACAUGUUCCCAGGGUAAAUGUGGUCCCGCACCAUUCAUAGACAACGGCAACAUAGUUUCGUCAGAUGGUUCUCUGGGAGGUGACAACACUGUCUACGAGUGUUACCCCGGGUUUACACUCCUAGGAAGUUCCUCAAUUCGAUGUCUGGCAAACAACAGCUGGGAACUGCCACCAUCAUGUGUUUCAACUCCUUGCCAGACCAUUUCAAGUGUUGCUCCCAACACUGAUGCAGUUGUUUUGCUUGGUGACGGCGUGAACCACGGAAGUGUUGUUAACCUCACAUGUAGUCAACAAAACGAGAUUAUAGGAGCACCUCUUGUGCAGUGUCAGUCUGGGUUAUGGGAUUUUAUCCUAGAGUUCAACACAUCCUAUUGUGAACGGAUACCUUGUGAAACACCGGUAAUCGAACAUGCUGUCCUGUCACCUGACCCCGAGUAUGUGCAGGGUCAAGAGGUCAAUGUAACAUGUAUAGAAGGAUAUAAUUUAGAAGGCGACCCAAGUUUCAUUUGCGGGGAAGACAAUGUUUUACCAGCAUGCAUAAUUCAAGAUUGUACAUUGGAGGAGUUUGAUCAUGUUGUUCCGGUUGACAGCUCUGCACCGAUGGUGUACAUGUAUGGAGACAGUGUGAACGUGACCUGUGAAUACAGUUACUAUCUGGAAAACAUUGCUACAACACAGAUGACUGUCACAUGUCUUAGCACGGGCGACUGGAGUCACAUGCCUAUAUGUUCAAUAAUGCCUGCCUUGCAAGAGAAAAGUUGUGGUGAACCAUACCAAGUUCCAGGAAGUGAAUAUAUACCUGCCCCACAAAGUGCCGACUUUUGUUAUGAACAUAACUGCUCCUUUACAUUUCAUUGUCGAGAUAAAUAUGUCAGACUUGGUAACAGUACUAGUGGUGGUACACUGGUCACAUGUGGUGAGGAAUAUGAUGGACUUUGGCCUUUGGGCGACCUUAGAUGUAUUGGUGGCCAGUGUUAUGACCCAGGAUAUCCAGCCAGCGGGGAGCUUAUUGGCACUACAUUUGAAGAAGGGGCAACUGUUAUGUUUUCCUGCUUACAGAGUGGGUAUGAGCCUUUGAAUUCUACAGGACAUGUAUCUGAAGGCAUGACGUGUCAGUACAAUACAACAACAAAACAGAUGGAAUGGAUAGGGGAGAUGCCAGAAUGUAAAGACACUCAACCACCUGUUAUCCUUAAUUGUGGGGACGGGUCAAUAAUGUACGAAGCUGAAAUGCUAGUACCGCUCAGCGUUGCUCAGCCAUAUGCCAUUGACAACACAGCCGUGAAAGAGUGGAACGUCUAUCCGGAAAACACAUAUCUGUCACGACCUUUUGUGUAUGCCAUAACAACUACCUAUAUUGCCACUGAUUUCAAUGGAAACUCCGGAAGUUGCACAGUAGCUGUUGUAAUACCAGAUUCUAUGGAUUGUGAGAAUGAUAGGUCCACAGAUAUUCAACUUACAGCCGAUAGAACAAUAUCUGUAGCAAAUUCUGGGUAUGUAAGCCCAAGAAGUUUCUCUGCACGUCUAGUGUUCGAUCCAGAGACACUUGAAGUAACAGCAGAUGCUGCCGCACUGAAUACAAUUUACGAAGUUGAAGUGACGUCAUUUCAAGGGAAUACAAGCACCAUUCUCGAUAAAUGUACUUUACAAUUUAGAUUUCAUGCACCGACAUGCAGUGACUGGGAGUUUGAGGUUCCUAAUGGCAUGAAGACUUGCACAGCAUCCUCGUGCAAUGUAUCCUGUAAUACUGAUGCUCAUUUCAUGGAGGAACCAACUGCAAAUUCUAUUAGCAUGACAUGUAUCGCUUCCGGUUGGAACAGGGAACCACCUGUUUGUGCCCAGUCUACCGAUGGUUAUGUAAUAUACACGGCGCAAUAUGACUUCAAAUAUUUUAUAGAACUUGGAGUUGGUGACAAGACAACAUGUGAAGCAGCCUACAGGUCUCCUAUUCAACAGAAGUUACGCAUGUUUGCUUCAGCAAUGCAAACCCAGUGUAACACCGGAAGUAACAACCCAGUGAAUAUCACUUUACUUGAAGAAAAAACUUACCUUGAAUUCACUCUUGCAACCAAAAGGGAUUCUCCUGCUAAUCUUACAGUGCGUUUCGAAUUCCAACUAGUCGCUCAAGACGAAACUUUGCAGAAUGCCGCAAGUGUUAAAGACCAAUGUUCAAACACAAUCAUGUCAAGCUUGAACACAAAAACUAAUAUUGAUAGCAUUUCCACUUUAGCAAGAGUUGUUGAUGGCUCAUACGAGUGUAAUGCCGGAGUAUAUGACUUGACAUCCACCCAGCCGGUGUUUGAGUAUAAAUGUCAAGGAUAUAGGCUCUUUGUAAACAUUGGCGGACAAAGGAAGUGCUUGAACUGUCCUCAAGGCUAUUAUUAUGACCAGACCGAUUGUGUAAAAUGUCCCGCGGGGACAUAUGGUGUUAUGACUGCUGAUGGUGCAAGCUGUGAGACUUGUCCAAACAACAACAAUAACGGGUUGACUGGUCAGACAGAUGCGUCUUCAUGCAAUUUUAAAGCGGCGUGUCCAAAAGGGUAUUUUUCAUUUGAUGGUUUAGCACCAUGCACGGCAUGUCCAAAGAAUUACUAUAGCUCGGUGCCUUACAGUCGCACGUGCACAGCGUGUCAUGGUUACGAGGUUACAUACCAGACAGGUUCUACAUCCAGCAAUGAUUGUCACACUCUAGAGGAGGCAAUUGAAUAUAAUAACACGGUUGCUUCUAUUGAAACUGGAUGCACUCCAAAUCCAUGUAGGAAUGGUGGCAACUGUUCCUUUGAAAGACUGGACUUUCUGUGUACAUGUCCGACUGGGUAUACUGGCAGAACUUGCGAGUCAAUUUUUAAUGGAUGCACGAGUCAACCGUGCAAAAAUGAGAAACAGUGUGUACCAGCUAAUGAUGGUGUCGGCUUCUCGUGCAUCUGUGGAAGUCCAUUAUCAACACCCCAUGAGUUCUCAGGUGAAUUCUGCGAGAAUGACGACUUUGGCUGUGCUGAAAGUUAUUGUAGGAAUAAUGGCACGUGCCAUAACCAGUUUCAAAGUUUUUCAUGUAAAUGUGCGACAUAUUCCGGUUAUCAAAAUGCAGAUCUUAGAGGUACCGGAAGUGGAGUCUGCAAUGUACAGAUAGAUCCCUGUACCGUGAACCCUUGCCAAUAUGGUACCUGUAUAAACAAUAGUCAUUUCUACAGAACCUGUGACUGUUAUCCAGGCUGGACAGGAAUCGAUUGUGAUACAAGUAUAGAUGACUGUGUCCCUAACUACUGCCAAAAUGGUGCAACCUGUGUGGAUGGCGUGAACUCUUUCACAUGUCACUGUGCAACCGGUUUCCAUGCACCCUACUGUCAGUUCAGGACAGCUUGCGCAAAAAAAUGUGAAAGACCAGAUGAGUUGUUCUGUAACACGUGCGAUGAUGUCAACACGGAGAGCUGUAUGAACAUAAACAACGAUUUUAGAUGCCAGUGCAAUUCUGGCUAUGCGGGAAGGUCAUGUGAGAUUUCGACUUCAAUAUGCAAAAGUUUUCCGUGCCAGCAUGGUGGUACAUGCACGGCAAAUAAUGCGACUUCAUUCACCUGCAUGUGCACGGAACCAUGGAUCGGGGAUCAUUGUGACCAGUUAACUAAUCACUGUCCAAAUGGUGAUCAGUGUUUUAAUGGAGGCACAUGCUACAGUACACUUUCGGGUUAUAGAUGCAGUUGUCUAGAAGACUUUAUUGGGGACGAUUGUUCAACCUCUUACGAUUUGUGUGCACGUGCUAACCCGUGCGCAGGCACAGAAAGCAUUUGUUCGUUUAUGAAUGGUCAAUAUGAUUGUGACUGCCAGACAGGGUACAGUGGCGAUUAUUGUGAAAAUCACCUACCUUCCUGUUCCGAUAAUAUAUGUCUCAAUGGAGCCUCUUGUUCUGACACUAAUGAUGGCGCUGAAUGCACGUGUACCGAAGGAUAUACUGGAUCGACGUGUGAGACUGAUAUCAACAAUUGCUCACCAAAUCCUUGCUCCACUAACCAGGAGUGUACUGACGGCAUCGGUGGUUACACGUGCAUCUGUGCUGUUGGCUACAGAGGCGAAAACUGUGAUAAGGGUGUAGGAGAGGACUUCGAUUAUAUAAUAGCACCCGAGCAUCUAUGUCGGACAGAAGCCUCAGUUUCAAUGUUUGGAGAUGGCGUGACUAACAUUGAUGCACUGUCUAUAUCGUUCUGGGCAAGAUACAAAGCCGUUCACGAAGAUGGUGUCAUCUUGAAUGUAUUUGGAUCAAAGUCAGGAGGCAUGCUGAUACCAUCUACGCCAGAUUUUCAGUUGACAUUCUUUCCUGAAAAAUUACAUGCAUUUAAUGAUGAUACCUCUACGACAAGAAGAAAACGGGAAACAAAGGUCUUGGACUAUCAGAAAUCUAUCGCGGAUGGAUAUUGGCAUCUUAUUGUUGUCACGUGGUCAGCAGUGUUAGGGGAGAUCACUCUGUAUGUGGAUGGACAGUACGCUGACCAGACAAUUUUCUCCAGAGAUAACGCAGUGGCAAAUAUUGGUUUCCUGGUUUUUGGUGAUUUUGAUCCAGUGACUGGUACAAGUGUUCCGGAAUCAAGUUUUGAAGGUCGAGUGAACAGGUUGUAUGUAGUGGAUAGUGAUCUCACUGGCCAGGUGCAACAACUUUACUCCAGAUCUCACACACCUAGUGUAAUACUGCACCCAGAGAGGACGACCAUGCGACUGUACUCUGUAGACUACAACAGUGAGCUGAGGCUCAACAGUAACAAAUGUCUACCCACCGACACAACCUGCAAAGAUAUAAAUGCCGGUGCCGUUGCACCAGAAGUGACAAGUUGUCCAGGUGACACAUUUGUUGUAACGGAACGGGGAGAAAAUUUCAACUGGACGGAACCGGAAUUUACAGGAUCCAUACCCGCAAUUAGUAAUGUUGGAGGUUCUGGGUUUGAGUUUGGUGUACAUGGUAUAAGUUAUGCCAGUAUUGACGGGCAAGGAGAUGCCGCAAUAUGUACAUUCAGGCUCUUCUACAGGGAUGUUGAAUGUGGUAGUGUGGAUGGAAGCGAUGCUAGUUGUUUGGAUGCAGGGCAGGGUAUAACACGCUGUACAGAGGAUUGUUCUGGGAGCCAGCUACUGUCCGGGAACCAGCCUAUAUAUCUGUCAUGCAGUAUGUAUGGAAUGUGGGAUGAAGCUGUCAAAUACACUGACUACAUUUAUCCGGAAUGUUCAGAUACGACAGAUAUUACAGAAAGGGUGACUUUAAGCUUGACGGCUGUCUCAAACCUCGACCUCUGUGACAAUUCUAUACUUAAUCACUAUAGAGUGGCAGUUCGUGCUAAGUUUGAUGAACUGAAUGAUCAACAACCCAACAAUGAGUUAUGUCUUUCCAACAGUUGCAUCGGACCCCUGCUUUCUGCGUUCAGCUGCGUAGACAAUAGCAUACGUGUGUCCAUUGAUUUUGGCAUAUUAAGUUCUACAAUGAGAUAUGAAGGGGCCAGUGUUACUACAGAAGAACUGCUCAAAAUUGCAGUUGGAGAUUUUCAAGCAUUUGACUAUAGAGCUACUAACAGCAAUUCAAAUAUGACUAUAUCACCAGACUUGUCAACUUUUGAUGCAUCUUUCACACCAGAAUGUGCGCCAGGAUAUAUGGUGUCUAACGGAAAAUGUGUGUUAUGUGGAAGGGGAACUUUCUAUGAUUCGCCGACAAAAUCAUGCAAGAGGUGUGCCACUGGCUCGUAUCGCAGUGAUCUGACAAGCCUCGUUUCCGGGUGUACUUCCUGUUCUGGGAGUGCGACAACGCCUGCAGAAGGUGCCAAGGAUCAAAGCUACUGUAUUACAAACUGCCUUCCUGGGAGUUAUUAUGAAGUCCCGAAUAAUCCGAGUCUCAAUAUCAAUCAAGGAACUUGUAGGAGCUGCGGGGUUGGGUAUUACCAGAACGGAUCGGGUAAAUUAAGCUGUAAACCAUGUCCUCUUGGCCUGACAACAGCUGGUGCGGGCUCAACAGGGGCCAGUUUCUGUGUCACUCCUGAGAGCCUGACAACAACCACAGAGGCAUCUCAAACAACACCGCGUGCUGGUGCCGCGACUGAGGAGAGUGGUCUCAGUGUUGGUGUUAUUGUUGCCGUAGUGCUGGGUGUGAUCCUCGGCCUCAGCAUCAUCAUCCUUAUAAUAUGUUUCUGUUGCUGCAAAGAGUUAGUACCAUGCUUGUCUAAGAAGAAGCAAGUUGUCUCCCCUACAGUGAAGGACGGCUACUAUGCAAGGAAAUACGGCGACCACAAUAUGCAGUUUGUUAGCUAUAACCUACAAGAUAUUCGGGAAAAGAAAGGAAAGCCGAUGGACAGAGUGCCGUUUGUAGAGCCUCCUCUUUCAGACGAGACAGGGUCAGUAAAGACUGACAUCUCUGUGCACGUACCUGUGUUCAACGAGAAGAUGAAUGGAAAGAUUAAGAGAAAGUCCAUGUAUGUAUCAAAUGGUGGACAGAACUUGAGUGUAUCUCUGCCACGAUCAGGACGUACGCCACGUGAUCCUGUGAUGACGUCAUCGCCUCGUGAACUACACUACCAGAACGAAAUGGAAGAAGACGUUUAUGUGAAACCUAAACAGAAGAGACGCAGGAAGAGGCAACGUAAAGAUCGUUCCACCUCGGAGAGAAGGUCACGACGUCACUAUGACAACGAGGACAUGGAACCGGUCAAUAUACAUGUUAGAGGACCACUGCCGAAGGCGCUGGCACCGAUGCCACGUAUAGUGUCUCAGCCGCCAGCUGAUGUAAUACUUAGACCAUCGUCUGCCCUGGAACAGCCUAGAGUUCAGGUUGUACCUUCUCAAUACGAGGAUUUUCUCGACCAAUCGCCUACCAGAGAUCAACAUCAGAGAUCUGGGCAUUCCUCAAGGUCACGUGACAAGGAAAGGUCAAGGUCACGACGCAGACCGAAGAGUUACGAUGAUGAUUAUGAGGAGCCGAGACAUCAGUAUUCCGGAAUGAAUGACGACGAACAGCCGCCGUUCAAUAUAAGGAGAAUAGAAGUAGAAUCCGACGAAGAUUUACGGUAGUUCACGAUAGUUGACGAUUGUUGAUAUAUUUAGUAACGAUAAUGCACAGACAGUAGUCAGGCUUGUGUGACGUUCCGAACAGAUAUAUAGAUGGAAUUUGUAGAUAUUAAUGAAAGAGUUGUUUAUGAAAAAUGCUCAAAACAAAAUAGUUUGAUAGAUAUUAUAUCUUGCAAAAGAACUAGUUUUCAUUUACAGAAUCUGUUCAGUAAGAUGUACAUAGUUCAGAAUAUUAACUCUGUUAUUACUUAUUUUUCUGGUGUCUGUUGUUCUAACACAAAACAAAUCUCUUUUAAAACCUAUUUGUAUGACGUGAUGAUGGGCGCCGGACCAAAAAACUUUGCAAUUCGACAUGAGGUUGGCAUUUCAUGGCAUGCUGAUGUAUCAAGAGCAGAUUAUGCCUGAUUAUAUAAACAAAUUCAGUUAUGUUUAAUGUGAUUACAAAUAAAUAAUUCAUUAUAUUUAUGAAGCAGAUGUACAGAAAUUGAAGAUUAUUGUAGAAAGACAUUGCCCAAGUAAAUAAAUAUCUUAAUUCCGUACUCUGGAUUAAUAAAUUUGAUAAUAAUUUUAGACUUAGAGAAAAACGUAAUCUUUAAUUUCGAAUAUUUACUUACUACGACACGUGACAUUGAAGUUACUCUCAGCUGUAACGUCAGUCAGCUGAGAAAGAACAUGAGAAUGUGAUAGAUAUCCGAAAAAAUAACAUAAAUUUUUGCUCUGAGUUUGGAACUAUUAUUUAAAGUAUCCAAAGUGAUGUAAAAUUUACAUUCCAAUGAUAAGAAAUACGCUUAUAAAUGAAUCUCUAUUAGGAUAUGGCAUGUAUUGUUUCAUUACGAAAUAGCAUUUGAUAUUUUUCUUUCUUUCCGGUAGUGUAUGCUUCGUAGUGUUGAACAAUUAGGCUUAAAUGAUAAACAAUUAAUCGCUCAUAUUCCGUCCAUGUAUGUACUGUUACAGUAAUGAUUUAUAUUUUAUAUUUUUACAAAGAGUACGUGAACGCGUAUAUAUUUUUAUGAAAUGUGUGGCAAUGAAGGUUUAUGAUAGAAUGAGGUAAAUUCAACUUGAUGUUGAAAAAACCGUCAUCUGUAUAUGUAAAUAAAAAGUGGUCAGUUUUAAUAUUUAUGGAUAUAUGAGUCAACUAAAACUCAAUAGAUUCUGAACUGGCUUAUCAAACGGAAAGUCGUGGGUUCAAACCAAGCCUGAGACUGUAUCUUCAUAUAUAGAACUGAUGGAUAUUUGAAUUGGACUUAAAUACCUUGCAGUGUGCUCACACUUUGUGUUAAGCUUCAGGAAUCGGAGUAUAUUCUGUAUCUCACACUAUCCUCCGAAAUCCAAAAUUGACCUACAAUCUGCCACUACAAUCGCCACUAACUGUUAUCGGGGCGACUUCAAAUGAAUCUGUUUUGAUCAGUAAUAUGUGGACGUUCACUGAAUAAGGUUUUGAACCUGUAAUGCAUUUAGACAAACUUAUGCAUUCUCAAUAUACGAUCUUUGCAUUCAGCGGGAUUACGAAAUACGCUACAAUUAUGUCCGAAGAAUUCCGAAUUGCGAAAUGAGAAUACGUGAUCACACGGAAAUUGCCGAGUGUUAUUACGGUUCCGCUACCUAAGUACCAGCAACUGCACGUGAAAAACAGGAAGUUAUUUGAAGUACGUUCAACUUAUCAUACUAUAUCUGUUUUGAAUUUGUCUUAAUACCACAGUCACACAUACGGCGCAAAUAGCUACGUCGAGCUACGGAUAGAAACGUAGUAACCCGUAUCGAUCCGUACCUGAGCCCGUACGAAUUGGUACGAACUGAUACGGCUUACUACAUUAAGGUACGUCUCAUGUACGUUUCAAUACGGGUCGAUACGGAUUACUACGUUUUUAUCCGUGGCUAGACGUAGCUUUCCGCGCCGUAUGUGUGACUGGGGUAUAACAUAUAAGUGUAGUUUUGCAUUUGUUUGAAUAGCAUAUACAUAUAUUUAUAUAGUUAAUUUAUUGUUGUUACUGUAUUUGUUGAUGUAAAUAUCAAUUAUGUUCAUCAAGACUGAUAAAACACAUUUUACAAUAAGACAGCAUAUGAUUCAAACAGUAUAAUUGUGGAAAACAGUUUUCUUAUAUUCAUACAGCAAAGUAUUUUUUUUCCGUGUGCUAUAUUUAUAUAAUAUUUCCUUGUCAGAGUUAAGUUUUAUAAGUUUCAUUUUAAUGUGCUCGCUUAUACAUACAUUUAUUUUUAAAAGUUUUCAAUAGAAAUCAAAAAAUAGCCGUUUAUUUACCAUAUUGAUAAAUAUUUUGUCUUUCUAGAAGUACUGUCAAGAUGCAUUAGAAAAUGUUUUAGAUCUAGGCCUACAUUGUUAUUGCUUUUUCUGAACAAUCAUGAUUCGGAGUCCUGUUUCGUACGAAACUGGACAAGGCUUCAGUUUAAAAUUGUUUAAGCAUACACCAUACUGCAUAGUCAGAUGUUUAUUCAAAUAUAGUUUAUAUAAGAUUAGUAUAUUUUUUUAAUUUUAGGCUCAGAGUAAUAUUUCAACUUUAUUGUCUGUGAUAUUUUGUCAUUCGUUCGGGUUUGAUUUCAUGUAGAAACAUGUCAUAGAAAAAGUAAAAUAUAGAAAUAUAA